AUGUCUACCAAGCGAAAGAACGAAGCGCCUAGUACACCAAAGCCCGCGAAGAAAGCCAAGACAAGCGGCACUCCCACGCGCACAUCUCCGCGAAACAAGAAGAGCGGUAGUGAGACACCACCCGCGAAGAGCCCUGUUAGGAAGCCGAGGAAGCCGGCGCAUCCCGGAUCAAAAGCAGUCAAAGCCCCAGACGAAGACGCCAACUUCGAAUGGGAGAUUCUAGGCGGCGACGAACGCUCGACGCUCGUCGUCGGUGAGGCUCAACCAAAACGGCUGACACUUACGUUCCACCAUCGACAUGACAACAACGAGACAGAUCGAACCUUUAAGUACGACAGGAGGGGAGAGAAAGAGAUCAACUGGAACAACAAGGACCACAUUAGAGACAUCAACAAGUGGCGCAAUCAAAUAUUCGUCCAAAACAUGAAGUUCCCACCCAAGGUCACACACACACCAUGGACUCCGUUCGAGACCGCCUAUCUCGAGCUGUUCCAUGAGAAGCUCCUGGAAGCUGCGACUGGCAAGACGGAUACCUUCGUGGCGCCACAUAACGAGCUCAUAUUUGAAGCAUUCAACGACUACUUCGAGGGUCGGACCGAUAUCCGAGACAAAAGCAACGAAGUCAUAGAGGAGGCUCUCGGUACCAGACCCCCGGGUGGGCUGAAUUCGUACCUCAAUCGUGCUGGUACGAAUAUCCGUGGCCUGCGAGAUCGUAUGAGAGCACUCGAGCCUAAGCUCAAGAAGAGCAAGAAGGAGGAUGCUUGGAUGCCUGACAUCACGGACGACGAGAUCGAGCAGUACAUCAAAGGAGAUUGGCAACCGGCUGUCGAUACUGCUGCUACUGCUGCUGAUGAUGAUGAGGAUGAAGAAGGGAAUGAAGCUCAAGCUGAGGAUGAAGGUGAAGGAGAGGAUGAAGAUCAAGCUGAGGAAGAAGACAACGGUAAUGUCUCCGAUGGCUCUACUCUUACCACACCACCUGACACCGACGAAGAACUCGAAAGCAUGGAGAUUCUUGAGCGCGAACAACAAGCUGAGCGUCUGGUAGUCAAGCUCAAGCUUAAACCCAGCACAGCCAGCAAGUUUCCAGGAAGCAAACGUCCAACCACCAAGCCUACAGUCACCAAGCCCACGACAGCCAAGCCUACAGUCACCAAAUCUACAGGAGGCAAACAUCCUACCAGCAAUCCCGCAUCAAACACGCGGAGUACUAGUAAGGCCACCUCGGGCAGGUCAAGCACCCGUUCUUCUUCGCCACCUCCCCGAGAGAAAAGCACCAAGAAGACGAGCCCCGCCAAGAAGACGAUGACUGAUCCACGGAAAGCAACGGAAGCGCCCGAACCGAAAUCAAAGCCGCGAGUUAUUAAGCCCGUUGAGACACCACCAAUACCCACCCAUCCAGACGUCAUUGCCUCUCUCAAGGCUAAGGGCUACACAUGGACUGAACUACCCGCGACCAAUGAAGAGGCUAUCAGGGUGCAUCAGGAGGCGCAGAACGCGAAGCCUAGUGAGAAUGCGUGGAUCGAAGAAACCAAGAAGAACCUGGAAGAUCGCAUCGGAAGGCAGACAAGUGCGGAUUUCGAUCGCGAGUUCUUCAAUAAGGAUCUAAAACAGAGAUAUGAGGGCAAGGGCAAAAUGGUCAACGUGGAGGAUUGGCACGAGAAAUCUGCACGCAGAGCCGGAGCGGCGGAAGUUACUGCCCUGCUCAACACCGCUGAUAUUCCACCCCUCGGUUACACAGGUGACAUCCGGGAUCUCCACAAGAAGAGGCUGUUAUCGGAGGACGAACUCGAGUUGGCUGACGCACGCGAAGCUGCCAUCCCUCGAAUGCAUGACGCAGUCGAACGCGCGCGACAGAUGAAGAUCAAGGAAGAGUCUGACAAAGACCCCAACUUGAAAGCGAAGCAUGAUCGGGCUGCAGCUAUGCAAAAAGAUGUGGCCUACGAUUCAGACAUUACGACCUCGGGGGAAGAUACAGAUGAGGAGUUAUGA